GUGGCGCUUGGCACCUAAGGUCGGAACCGGGGGCGCUACUGGAGUUGGGUGAACGCGGGAGACCGGGCUCCCGGCGCAGGCCUGAGAUGCUGAGCCGCUUAUCAGGGUUAGCAAACACUGUUUUGCAGGAGCUGUCGGGGGAUGGAAGUGAUGCACAAGUUGAGUCCUCUACCACUGUGUCAGAACCAGGAAUGGAGAGCAGGGAGGAGAUGCCCAAGGAUAUACUGGAGCGUCUGGCCCACACAGAGCAGCUGGCUGUCCAGCUGAAGGAUUUGGUCCGAGAGAAGGAUGCCCAGCUCCAGCAGAAAGAAGUUGAACUCAAGGAAGAGAGGGAGGCUGCAGAUACUAAGUUGAAGAAGCUGAAGCUGCAGGCUAAAGCCAAGCUGGCAGCUCUGAAUAAACGCAUUGAGGAGCUGACAGAGCAGGGGUCAGUGUUGCCUGCAAAGAGCCUGCCAGAAGAGCAGCUGCAUCACAGGAAGCUUCAGAAUAAUCAGAGGACCAAUGAAGAGCAGAGAGAGGAGGCUGAAGCACUCAGACAGAAACUCCAGGAGCAGGAGGAGACUGUCAGGAACCUGAUGGAGCAGCUGGCUGCAACUAGAGAGAGCCUGACAGAUACUCAGGCCAAGCAAGCAGCCCAGCUGAGCUCCCUACAGGAUGUGAUUCGUGAGAAGGAUGCUCUCCUAGAAGAGCAGGUUCACCAACACCAUGCUGAAUUACACCAGGUAGUGGCCCGAUCAGAUCUGGAAGCUGAGAUGCAGCAGAACCUGAGGACACUGCAGAGAAAGCUGGAGGAACAGGAAGCGGCUCUGCUAGGACGAACUCAGGUGGUGGAACUGCUGCAGCGGGAGUUAUAUGGUGCGGAAGAACAGAACAAGACUCUCUUGGACCAGUGUCAGAGGAUGGAGGCAGAGCUGAGCUCCUUAAAGAACAUGUUGGAUGCAGAGAGAGAGGAGUCUCGAAGCCUCGUGGAGAAGAUGGAGCUGGAAUUGGCUGAGAAGAAGCUGUUCUUCCAUCGCUUACAGGAGGAGGUGCAGUAUCUCUCAGAGCAGCUGGAGCAGGCAGGAAGAACUCGGGCUGAACUGGAAUCUGAAUGUAGAGCUCAGGACCAGAAACACAAGCUGGAGGUAGAAGAGCAAAAGCUGCAUAUUGCUUGCCUCCAGAUGGCUGAGCAAGAGCUGCGAACUAGCCACGAUGCCCUCAUAGCUCAGAAUGAUCAGCUGCUGCGGGAUAUUGAUGGGCUGCUGGUGCAGUCUACUGAAAACUCUGCUACCAUACAACACCUGCAAGAUGAGCUCAUGCAAAAAUCUGAGGAGUUCGUCCAUUGCCAGACUGAGCUAAAAUUGUUAAAGUCUGAACUAGUGAUGCAGGUCUCUCAAUCAGAGGAGCAGGUACAAUCUCUAAAGCCAGUCUCUGAGCAGAAUGAAAUACCUCCGAAGAAAAAUGUGGUGGAGCAGGAGGAUGAGAAGAGGACUUUACUCCUACCCACUGCAGCCUUGGAGGGGCUGAAGGCUGAAAAUGAGACCCUGUGCUCUCAACAUACCCUCCUGGAGGCUCAGCAUGAAGCUGUGAUGAGCAUGGAAGAUUCAAACCAGACUGACAGCACUGGAACUGAUUCCAAGUUACUGGACUUGCUGACUCAAGAAGGACCAUCCUGCUCUGGAUACUACUCACCUGGGCCUGAUGGUCAUUCAGCAACACUAGUGAAUAAUGAACCACAAUCUCCUCAGCCAUCUGAAGAUACCAUGGCUCUAACCCAGACCGGUACAGACGAAAACCCCAGAAGCAGCAGCGGGCAGUCUGCUGAAGAAAGUGGCCCAGCUGGUAUUCUGGAGUAUCUUUCUGCAGCGAAACAUAAAGAGCUGUCAGUCUUGCUCCUGGAAUUGAGGGAAGCUCAAGAGGAGAUAACAUUUCUGAAGGGACAGCUCCUGGACCCAGGAAGCCAAACACCUGCAAUGAACUGGGCAGAGGAAGAAAUAAACCUUAUGGGAGGAAGAUUCCAGAUAAGAUUCCUCGAGGGAGAAGGACAAAAGACCUCAUCUAUCCAGAGUGAAUUGAGCAGCUGCUCGCUGACAGUGGAGGAAGUGCAGAAAACCUCUGUGCUUCAGGAAGAGACAGACAGCUUCCCAGGAGUACCCCUGGAGCACAUCACCCACAGUGGAGGGGAAAUGGAGGCAGUGCAAGGGCUUAGAGGAGGGCUCUCUGCAGCAACUACAGAGCUUGGUCUUUCUCAGCCUCAGGAGCUGACACAGUUGCAAAUAAAAAUUAUGGAGCUGCAAACAAGUCUGCAGAAAUCAGAGGAAUUGUAUAAGAAAGACUCAGAAGAGAAAGUGGCAGAAAUAAAUAGGCUAACCCAGCUGGCUGAGGAAUGCAAGAAAAAUGCAGAGAACUCUAACAGUGCAUUGCAUGUUCUGACUGAAGAGAGAGAUCAGCUCCUGUCUCAGAUGAAGGAGCUUUGUACCAUAACAGAACUAAAGGAGCAAGUGAAGCAGCUUGAGGGAAGUCUAAUGGAUUCAGAAAAGCAGAGGCUAUCUGACUAUGAAAGCAGAACUAUACAGCACAGUCUACUGAAAGAACAAAUCCAGAGCCUGAAAAAUGAAUAUAAAUCCAAAGAGAUAAAAAUUGAAGCUUUGCAAAAGGACCUGGAUGAGGCACAGCUUCAGCUUUCGAAACAGGAUGCUCUAGCAAAAAGUCUGAGAAACCAGCUCCAGAAAACGGAGUGUGAAGUGCUUGAUCUGCAAGAACAUCUGAGGAAGAACACAGUCAAGAUAGAGGAGCUUACCCAAGACAUUGUCUCAAAGGAGCUUGACACAGCAAGGCUAGAACAGCUUCUUGCUGAACGGACUGGGGAUAAUGAGAACCUCCAGCAAGCUUUACUGGAGAGGGAUCAGCAGGUGACUGAAAUCAGCAUCACAAUGUCUGAGAAAAUAGGCCAGCUGAAUGAAGAGAAAUUUGCUCUGGGGUGUGAGCUAAAUGGCCUUAAAGAGCAGAUGAGCUUAUUGCUGAAAACUGAGGAGAUAAGAGACCAGCAGAUGGGACAGACGGGAGAAGCAGAAGACUUGUGUCUGAAAUGCAAGGGGUCUGAGCAGCAGAGUGAGAUGGUGGCGGCAGUGUGUAAGGAGAGAGAGGUGCUAGGAAGUGAACUGCAGCAUCUCAAAAAAGAAAAUGAGCAAGUGAAGCGAAAGCUGCAGGCAGCUCUCAUCAACAGGAAGGAACUUCUGAAGAAGGUCAACAAGCUAGAGAAUGAGCUGGUGCAAGUGAGAGGGACGUUUGGGGCAGAAGCUCAGAAAGCUGAAGUGGAAGAAACUACAGCAAGUGGCCUAAAUGCAGAGGGAGACGUGACUCCUGAAAGCCAAGCCAGGGAGAUGUCUCUCAUGCAGUUGCUUUCUGAAAGGGAAGCUGAGCUGCAGAGCAUCCAGAAGGACUUGCUGGAGAAGGAAGCAGCUGAAGCACAGUUGCAGGCUCUGAUUGAGGAGAUGAAGAAAAGUUUGCAGGAUAAGACCAACCUAAUUGAUUCGAAGGCUGAAAUUAUGGAAAGCCAGUCAGCCAUCCAGAAACUUAUCACAGCCAAUAAGUGCUUAGAAGGUUCUGACCCAGCUGCUUCUAAAGAGGAUGAGGUGAACAGUCCAGCUGCUGCAGGGUUUGAAGAACAUAAGUCUGCCCUGAAAGAGAGAAUCUCAGCCCUUGAACAAGAAAAAGAGCAACUUAAAAAGAAGCUUCAGGAAGCACUGACUUCCCGUAAGGACACUAUAAAGAAGGCUCAAGAAAAAGAUCGUCACCACAGAGAGCAGCUGAAACAGCAGAAGGAUGAUUACAAUCUCCUACAAGAACAGUUUGGUAAGCAAAGCAAAGAGAAGGAAAGCAUCCAAGAUCAGCUCAGGCAACUCCAAGCACAGAGAGAGUGUACAGAGAGCCAUUCUCUGCCAGGCAUCCAUUUCCAAAGGUCAGCUGAGUCUGUACUUGAUGUAACACAAGAGCUUGCAGGAAAUAUACAGCAUUCUGGCUGGAACCAAGGCUGGAUUGAGUCUUCAUGCUUGGAAGUAGAAAAUACUAAAACAAAUAACCUCUUACAGGAGACAGAUGUUUCUGUGGAAGAGUUUAAGGCGGAGCUCAAGAAUCUGCAGACCAAGAAAGAUGAACUAGAAUUCAAAGUCAGUCAUUUGGAAAGUGAUCUUGCUUGCAAAUCAGAAGCAGUCAUUCAGCUACAAGAGCACAUAGCACAAUUGCUCUCAGAGAUGGAAGGUCUGAAGAGCACCUGUCACCAGACGGAAGCCCAUGCACCAAGUCUUCAGGCAGAACUGGAAAAAAGUCAAGCAGAGAUUUCCAGACAGGACAAUCUGAAGGCACUUAAACAAGAAGUAGAGGAGCUAAAAAAUCUCAUGAGCAAAAAGGAUGAAGAAAUUGAACUCUUAAACUUGCAGCUAAGGGAGAAAAGCAACGCUCUUACUCAUGUACAGAGAGAUUUCCUGGAAAAAGAAGACUUGAUCAAGACUCUGCACAGUCAACUGGAAAAACAAACUAGUAUGCACGAGGAACAAAGAAAGCGACUGAAAGCUGAGCUUCUUGAAGUCCAGCAGAGACCAGAUGAGGGGGCUGAAGAAGCCAAAUCUAAGAACCAAAUGCAGAGAAAGCUGCAGGCUGCACUCAUCUCUAGAAAAGAGGCAAUUAAAGCGAGCAAGACUCUAAAAGAGGAGCUGGCUACUGCCAAAAUGACUAUAGAAAAUCUCUCUCUGAGGUUGGCAGAUAUGGAGAGCCAGGUUUGUGAUUGGGAUAGGGAAAAAGAUGCAUUAUCAGAAAAGUUAGUAGGUGUCACUGAAGAGAGAGAGAAACUCAUUGCAGAAGUUGACAAGGCUUUAAUGGAAAAUCAGAACCUUGAUAGCUCUUGUGAAAACCUGAAGCUGGCUCUAGAGGGGAUCACUCAAGAGAAGGAGAAGCUAGAGAAGGAGAUUGAAUCCUUGAAAUGUUCUCAGGCUGCUGAGAGUUCUGAGUGGCAAGAGAAAUAUAAGGAGCUGCAGAAAGAAUAUGAAACCCUCUUGCAGUCCUAUGAGAAUGUAAGUAAUGAGGCUGAGCGAAUUCAUCGUGUUCUGGAAACUAUCAGGCAGGAAAAGCAAGACAUUUUCAGCAAGUUGAAAGGUGCUGAGGCUAAGAAAAGAGAAGUAGAUAAGCAGCUGCAGGAGGCUGAGCAGGAGAUGGAGGGAAUGAAAGAAAAAAUGAGGAAGUUUGCAAAAUCCAAGCAACAAAAGAUCCUGGAACUGGAGGAGGAGAACGAACGGCUGAGAGCAGAGUUGCACCCUAUAGAGGGUGACCUAAACAGGGAUGGAGAUAUGGCUCUCUUGACAAGCACUAGUCUUAGAGAGGCACUAGAGAGCUCUAGGAGGGACUGCCAAUCUCUUUCCAUUCAACUUGAAGCAUUAAUGGCUGAAAAGGGUUCUCUUAGUCAAGAAGUUGAAGUCUUAAAGCACCAAUUACAGUGCACAGAAUCCAAGCUGAAGGAAAACCUAGAGGCAGCAGCCAAGCAUGGUGUCCAAAAAACUAUAGUGGAAGGAGCAAAUCAAGCUAUUCCCACAGCAGCUUUACCUCUAGAAGUGACUGACAAUCAAGUGGAUUUAGGGCCCUGCGCAAAGUCUCCAGAGCCUCUUAGAGCAGGCAUUGUAACUGAGGCAGAAGAGAAAUUAAAUGAAGGUAGCAGCUCACAUGAUGAAAUUAAUACUUACUUACAGCAAAUAGCUCAGCUCACAGAGCAAAUCACAGAACUGGAGGAAAAUAGAAUGGCUGCAGAAGAACAAGUAGGCAGCAUCUGCAGGAGUGUUGAAACCUUAGGAGAGGAGAAGAAGGCCUUAGAGAGCCAAGUGGCAGCAAAAGUCCAUGAACUGAACACCCUUCAGGAAACAGUAGCCAAGAUGGAACUAACUAACAGACAAAUCGAAGAACAACUUGUCAGAAUGACAAAGCUGAAGGAAACGCUGGAGGCAGAGAAGGAUGACUUGGAGGAAAGGCUCAUGAAUCAGCUAGCAGAACUUAACGGAAGUAUUGGAAACUAUCAACAAGACAUGGUUGACCUCCAAACCAAAAAUGAGCAACUGAAAUCUGAGCUCCAGAGCUUGCAAAGAAUGGUAAGUGAGCUGGAGGAGGAGAAGCGGCAGCUGGCGAGAGAGAAAACUGAGGCAGAGGCAGAGACACAGAAGGAAUAUGCAGAAAAACUUAAAUGUGCUCGGAAGGGAGAUGGCAGCAGAAGUCAUGCAAAAGAGCUUCAGGAGCUGCUGAAACAGAAACAGCAGGAGGUGAAGCAGUUGCAGAAGGACUGUAUUAAAAGCCAGGAGAAGAUCAGUAGUCUAGAGAGAACUAUUAAAGCUCUGCAGUUUGUUCAAAGUGAGUCUCAAAAGGAGCUUGCAGCAGCCAAAGAGAACUUAGCCAAAGCAUGUGAAGACACCAAGAAAGCACAAGCAGAGCUGGCUUCCUGCAGAAUAUUACUGGAUGAUACUCAGAGUGAGACAGCAAGGGUUUUAGCAGAGAGUCUCAAAGUGAAAGAGGAGCUGCAGGCAGGCAAAGAGCAUGUUAAAAUUCAAAUGAAGAGAAAGGAUGAAGAUUUUGAGAGAAGACUGGAACAAGAAAAAGACAAGCACUCAAAGGAGAUAAAUAACAUGGAGGAAAAGCUGGCAUCUUUGCAGAGAGAGAGAGAUUAUAUGGAAGGGACUGUCAGAGACAUUCAAGACUCCUUGCACAGAAGGGACCAAGAAGCCAAGCAGCUACAAGGCAGCCUUAACAAAAACCUGGCCCAGCUUGCAGCCUUCACCAGAAGCAUGACUUCCCUCCAGGAUGACAGGGAUCGAGUGAUAGAUGAGUCCAAAAAAUGGGAGAAGAAGUUCACUGAGGCUAUUCAAAAGAAGGAAGAGGAGAUCCAUGCUAGAGAGGAGACCUGCACAGUUCUAAAGGAUCAGAUGAGGCAGAUGUCCAUGCAUAUAGAGGAGCUACAGAUUCAUGUAUCCAGGCUGGAACACAACAAACAGGAUUGGGAGUCUGAGUCUCAGAGAGUGAUUCAGCAGCAUCAAAAGAUGUCUGACAUGCUGCAGGAGGAAAACAAAGGGCUCGUGUCUCAGUUAGAAGAGUAUCAGAGACUGUACACAGACUCUCAAAAUGAACUGCAGAAGCUGGAUGCAGAAAUCAAGUGCCUCAGAGACCAGCUUGCUGAUUUGCAUAACUCCUUCACUAAGUCUGAGGUAGCAAGAGAAGAAAUGGAAAGCAUGGUCAAGCAACAAGAGGCCAGCAUCCAGAACUGUAAAUUCAACUGUGAGCAGCUUGAGGCUGACCUGCAGGCCUCCAAGGACCUGACAAACAAGCUGCACAAAGAAAUUGGUGCCAAAGAUCAGAAGAUUAUCAGUCUACUGUCUGCCAAGGAGGAAGCAGUCAUGACUGUUGUAUCUGAGUUACAGCAGCAACACGGUGAAGAGGUUAAAAAGCUGGAGGACAGGCUGGGCAAGAAGGAAGAAGAGAAAGUGGCAUUGGAAAAUGAGAGAGAGAAAGCACUGGACAAGCUUAAUCAUCUCAUGGAAACAAUGAAGCUAACCAGAGAGGAAAGUAAGCAGCAGAAGGCGCAGCUGGCUUCCUUCACCAAAUGCAUGUCUUCUCUGCAGGAUGACAGAGACCGCGUGCUGAGAGACUAUAAACAGCUGGAAGAGCGUCAUCUUGUUAUAAUCCUGGAGAAAGACCAGUUGAUUCAAGAGGCUGCUGCGGAGAACAACAAGCUCAAAGAGGAGAUUCGAAGCUUCCAUAGCCGGAUGGAUGACCUCAACUCUGAAAAUGCCAAACUGGAUGCAGAACUCGUGCGGUAUAGGGAGGACCUGAACCAGGUGAUUUCAAUAAAGGAUUCCCAGCAAAAGCAACUCCUCAAAACACAGCUUCAGCGAAUCCAAGUGCUGGAAAAUGAAAAGGUCAACAUAGAAGGGCAUCUGAAGGAGUCUGAGCAUGCUGUGGAAGAUCUCAGGCAGUGUGUGGAAGCCCUGAAAGAGGACAAACAAAGCAUGUCCAAAGAGAUUGAGAACAUGACAUUCUCUCUCUCUCAGAUUCAGAGCGAGAUGACAGCUUUACGUGAAGGGAGACUCAUCGUGGAGCUGGAGACACAAUUAAAAGAUCGGGAGAAGGAGGUGCAAGAGCUGAGCAGUAAGCUUGCUCUCACACACAAGAGGGUAGCAGAACUAGAGGAGGAACUGGUCCAUGUCCAAAGGAAUGCAGCCAAGAAGGUGGGAGAGGCUGAGGACAAACUUAAGAAUGAACUGAAGCACCUACAUCAUGAUGCAGGGGUAAUGCGGAAUGAAACUGAAACAGCAGAAGAGAGGGUAGCAGAGCUGGCAAGGGACCUGAUGGAAAUGGAACAGAAACUUCUUACAGUCACAGAGGAAAACAAAGAUCUGAGAGCCCAAAUUCAGUCUUUUGGGAAGUCCAUGAGCUCUCUCCAGGAUAGCUGGGACCAAACCAAUGAAGAGCUUCAGGUGCUGGGAAAGAAAUACUCUGCAGACUUAGAGAAGCAGCAGUGUCUAGUACAGAGCCUCCAGAAGGAGAUGGGUCAAUUACAGGAAGAGCAGCACUCCACUGCCAGAGAGAGAGAGACUCUGAUGUCUGAAUUAACAGCCCUGAAGAACACUGAUGAUAAAAAAGGCCUGUUAUUUCAGCUUGAGGAACUUAACCGGCAGCUCAGAGUCAAAGAUGAAGAGCUUUUCCGCUUGUCUUUGGAACUGGAGGAGUCCUCCAGCCAGGUAAAGUCCUUCUCUAGGGCCAUGGCAAGCCUGCAGGAUGAGAGAGACCGUCUGUUGAGUGAAUUGAACAAAGCACAUAAGGUGGAGGAAGUGAAGCAGCAGACAGCAGUGAACUCUUCCACCAGCCCUGCAGAAGUGCAGAGCCUGAAGAAGGCAUUGUCCUCCUUACAGGAUGACAGAGACAGACUGCUGACAGAGCUGAAGAAUCUGCAGCAGCAGUACCUGCAGAUUGGCAUGGAAACAGCUGAGAUCUCUCACUUAAAGGCUCGACUGCAGGAGUAUCAGCAAGAGGCUGAUAAACAGCAUUGUCUCCAAGAACAAUUGAGGCAGGACAGCAUUUCCUGCCAACAGGAGCUCCACCAGCUCAGACAGGAGAAGACCACAUGGGAGAUGCAAAACAAGAGGGCAAAAGAGCAGUACGUGAUGGCCUUGGCAGACAAAGACCAGCAGCUAAGUCACUUGCAAAGGAUUGUGCAAGAUUGUGUGAAGUCACCCCUGUCCAAGUCGCAGGUCAUAGAGGAACAAUACCAAAGGCAGACUUCUCCAGAGAUCCCCAGCUCCAGUGAGACUUUCGGAGGGGACCCGUCCAGCCUAGAAGCCGAGACAGAUCACCUCCGGGUCCAACUGGGUGACAGCCUGAAAGAGCUGCACCAAAAGGAGCUGAGAAUUCAGCAGUUAAACAGCAAGCUCUCUCAGAUCUUUGAGGAGAAAAAUGCCCUCUCUAUCCAGCUGCGGGGCAGCAGCCAGAAUCUCCGUGAGAGCCACCAGCACUGCCGUGAGGUCCUGAACCGCUGCACGGCCCUGGAGAGGCAGCUGCAGGAGCUGCAAUCCCCAAACAAGGACAUGAGGUCACUCGUGACAGAUGCUGCUCCAGGAGCCCCCCAGGAAAAGAACGAACUUCAAAGAGAGUGUUACACUCCAGAACUGCAGGAAUUACAGCUGAGGUUAUCAGAGGCCAAACAGCUGCACAGCAGUACAAAGCAGGACCUGAGGCAUUUGGAAGAGCAGCUGCAGGAGGAACGAGAUCAGCGUCUUGCUGCAGAGGAGGCUUUCUCAGCAGCACAGGAUCACAUCAGGAGGUUGGAGUCAAGUGAAUGGGCAUCUGCUCUGGGUUCCAGCAUUGAUGUGUCUCCAUCCCAUGAACACUCCUUGCUGAUUGACCCCAUGGACAGUUCCUUUGGCAAGACUCGGAGCAACUCUGGUUUGUGGCGGCAGCUGCGCGCUCUCUUCUGUUCCCGGACCCGCCUACCACUGCUGGUGACUGUGUAUUUGUUCAUGCUUCACAUCCUACUCUUCCUGUGCUUUACAGGCCACCUGUGAGCAGGGCCAACAGUCUCUCCCUGAGCAUCAGAUCUUUACCCCAUUCCUGCGCCAGACAGGUUUUUGGGCCAGCUGUCACCAGUGCCCCGCACCAGCUGCCCACUCACCUAGCUAGCUCUGGGGGGCAACUGAGCCCAUCAGUCUCCAGUGCUCGCCCCUGAGCUGCUUGCUCUGGCCCAACUGGGUGGCUCCUGCGGCUGAAGGUCGGGGUCUGUCUGUUUCCAGAAGACAACCCUUCACACACACCCCCACGAAAUAUUACCCAGUCAUCUUUUCUGAGUCAGGCUCCUCAGGCUGGGAAUGAGUGAAGGCAGUGAUGUAAUCUGCAGCUUCCACCUGCAGAGGGCUCCACUCCAGCUGUUAAUCAUCUGUGAUGGAGGUUGCAGAGAAAAUGCUGUCAUGUGGCUGCAGCUCCCCAGUGCCUUCAGCAGGUUAGCUGGCACCAUUGCAUCUCGUCAUCCUUACACUCAAGUCGGUGUCAAUGGCUGUACCAGCCUAGAAAGGGGCAUUGGCCACUUGCCCCUCAUUAGUCCACAUGUCACUGGCUUUGCAGGAGGUGGCUCACCCUACCCAUCUCCAGUGUUCCUUCCCUUUCACAGAUAGCCCCAUCAUAUUGCAGAGAUUGCACCAGUCCAUGAGCAAGGGAAGGAAGCACCCUUAUCCCCCAGCUCUUAAACCCGCCCACUUGGGCCCUUCUAGUGAUGAUUAAAAACAAGAAAGGGAAGUUGUGGAGUUUUUACGGGAUACUACGUAAAACCAAUCAGGGUCUGUUUUAUAACUUUUUCAAUGGGGCUAAUUUUUGGGUUUCAGCUCAGUAGAGUUCCCUGCAGGAGAAGGGCAGUCACUGCAGCGUGCAGACAUGCUGAACCUUCCAUCUAAGGGCUUUUGUAAGUAUUUGCUGCUAUGCCCCUGCAGGAGAAGGGCAGUAAUUUAAUUAUUGAAAGGGAAUAGGGGACUUGACCUUUUAUCUCUAAUUUAAUCAUUGCACUAAUUAUAAAGCUUGUGCAGCUCUUGCUGAGGACAGGAGGGGAGAAGAGAUGCCCUGCUCCUGCACCCUGUUUCCUUUUCAAAAGACUAAACCUGGACAGUUUGUGCUACAGGGUAUAGCUCCAAGGGGUCUGAGCUCUCCAUGGACUACAAGAACCCCACAGACAAACCCCUCGCUGUUGGGAGGGGAAGAUUCCUAAGGCCUCUGCCCCCACCCCCACUUCAUGAGACUUCUUUCUGGAGAAGCCUGUGACUGGUGUUGCUGGGGUGGCUGCAUGUACCCUAUGGCAUACACUCUAAGUGCAGUUGGACCGGUUCCCAUUUAUUGUGUAGAUGGCAGAGUUCAGAGCUCUCUACAGAGCCCUGAACAUGCUCCAUACAGAUAAUGAGAUACUAAUGUACCUGGAGAUGAGGAUUCUGAACACAGCGAUGACUGCUCCAGUUGAGAAAGGAGGGUGGAACCCAUCAGAUAAGCCCUCACUUAGUGCUGCAGUCUACUUUGUAAGGUGUGCCUCUCCCUUCCUGGUUUUAGAAUGCCCUCCCUACCCCCACUCAUAGUUUAAUGGAGGAAAGUUAAUUCUCCUGGCGCUGUUCUUAGUCCAGGUCUCCAGGGCCGCUGAACUGAGCCUGUGAAGAGACAAGGACUGGUUCCUUUGCUGUCCCUAAAGCAACUGGGCCUCUGGCUAGGUCCAGAACACUGAAGCCAUAUACCUGUGCUCCCCCAUGAGUAUUUAUAGAGAGCGUGCCCUGCAGGAUUCCCCCUUGAUUCUAUGAAAUCCAGUGACUGAACCUCUCACCUAUAGCUUCCUGGGGCACAUGCUCCUGUGUACAAUAAAGAUUAUUUUUCAGAGUGAA